AUGGCAUUAUCGGCCGAGUGUAAUAGUCUCGUGUUCCAAGCCGUCAAAGAGAACUCGGUUUCCAAGAUACAAUUCGCUGAACGUACUUACCGCCAUACUCAACUAUGGACAAGUUUAGCCCAAUGCAAUGAGGAAGGUGAAACUCCUCUGGUCAUUGCCAUGAAAGGAAAAAAUCUUUCUGUUAUCAAAGAGUUGGUGACGUGGAUAUCAAGAAAAAAUUUCUACAAAAACGAAGAGUGUGAGCCAAUGGUUUUGCUAAUAUUUGAUCAACUUUCUUACCACAUUCCCAUUGUGGAAGUGAUUGAUUAUCUUGUUGUUAGUUCAUGCAGCUAUGGUUGGUUAAAGUUCAUCACCAAAGUUUUCAUUAAUUCCACCUCAUUGACACGACAGGACAAGACCAUUGCUCUUGAAUUGAUUGGUGCUGCUUUUAUAACCACAGUUUUAUCUGAUUUGGAUGACCGUUUUCCUAAAGUGAUAAUAUUUGGACUAAAGUGCUGGAAAAAAGCCAUGACCCUUCGAUACUUCCCAGAUGGUGGUGGACCUCUUCUCCCCAAAACAACUGAUUUGUGUGUGCCAUCUGCAGCGUCUUCUCAAGUUUAUGGAUCUGCUGUUGAAGUAAUGACAAUGGACGAACUGGAUCUAUUGCAGGAAGAAUUUUUGCGUAAUGGCGGUAAUGCUGAUUUGCCAUAUGGCCUUUUUAUGCGUCUUCCGUGUAUUCCGCGAAUGACAAUUCAGGCUUUUCUCGUCAUUCGACGAAUUUCCCGUCAAGCCAAUCUCGGACAUCUCUAUAGGCUUCAUUUCGAAAUGCUCAACACUUGUAUGCUCAUCAUGGAGCAAAUGAAUGAAUUCGAGCCAGAAAUGCUUUCUCCGCUUUCUCCCCAAACAUAUGACUUGUUCAUCACAAUACUUGGGUUCCAAUCAAAAUACCUUGUCAGAAUGCUAGAAGAACCGCUCGAUAGCCCAGCAAGAGAAGAAUUCAUUUAUGCCAAUCUCCUGGCAGCCAACAAAUUCAUCGCCACAAUUUCCAAGUUUUUCCCAGAACCAGCAAUUAUUUCUUCUAUCGAGAUUGAGGGGAAUAGUUUCGCGAAAAUUGUUUAUUGCUUCCUGUCUGUCCUGGAUUCAAUUUCCUCUCAGUUGACUAAUCAAGAGAAUCAGAUCUUGGAGGAAUAUUAUUCAAAUUACAUCCGAAACCUGUUUCCAGAACGGACGACCACUGUUCUUCACGUGGCUAUGAAUGGCCCUUGGUACAAUGACAUUCCUCUCGAUACCAUCAAGCUGACCCUUAAACUUGGUGGUGAUCCAAACGCCAUCGACGAAAAUGGUGGGACGGCGCUUCACAUUUUGGCUGGAAUAAAUUUUCUUUACUUUGACAAGUACAUGCCUGUUUUCCGGGCUCUGGUGGAUGCAGGAUGUCAUCUCGACAUGUCCAGGGAUGACGGCGAUACUGUACUCAGUAUCUUAAAGAAAAAAGUGAAAGAAUGCAAACGGAGGGAAUUUUUCGUCCAUCCAUAUUACGAGUCACAAAUUAGUACCGUGUUUCCCCUUACUUGCUAUUGUGCUCGAGUCAUCGGGCGCCAUGGAAUUCGAUUCGAUGAGGAUCGUCUACCUCCUCCUCUCCAGAGAUUGGUCGCACUUCACAGCGCUCGCUAA